AAUCGAGCGAGAAUUUAAGUCCUCGUGGAUAAAGCAGAAUCAGAAGUCAACAGAAAAUAUCCAGGCAAUUCGUAGAUCAGGAAUGUAUUUGGAGAAUCAUUUCAACUCGAAAUUCUUUCCUCAAACUCAUGAGGCUUCACGGCUUUCUCAGAUUGCAGAGCGAGCACUUCCCAAAAUUGCUUGCAAUUCAUUGUAUGGAAGAGCUUCUCCCACCUCUCCUUCAACAGAUGGGCUUGGAAAAAUUUCUUCAAAUGUUUCCUCCCUUUGGAGCCCAAUCUCUCAAUUCUCUCGAGAAACUACUCGUUUUGGAAACAAUGGACAAUUGUCAACAACAACUCAGCCUCAUAAUCGCUUGCUUAAAGCAGUUGAGUCAAUAUCAAAUGAAGCAUUAAGAGCAGCUAUACUAGAAAUAAGUUCAGUUACGAAUAUGGAAGACAGAAUAACAGAACCGUGGUUUUGCGAAAAGGAAACACAUUUAAGCCUGCAAGAUGGGGGCGGUUUCUCAAAGAAUAUGAAGCGAAAAAUGAAUGCAACAACCUUAAAUGACAUGCCAUCGCCUUGCAGUGAUAUUGUUGGGUCUGAACCAACAGUUACAUCAAUAAGCAAGAAGCUCAAGAAACUGUCUGAUAAUGCCCUAUUGGAAGAAAUGAGAAACAUAAACAGACAUUUCAUUGAAACGGUCUUAGAGUUAGAUACGGACGAGAAUGUCAAUAGGCGAUUGGCCAAUGCGGGUACCGUUCUUCGAUGUUCAUAUAGAGGUGCAACCGAAGGCAAGAAUUCAGUGUUCCAUUCUGAAAACAACACACUAAAGUUGCCAGUGCUUUCAGUGAAGCUGCUUGUGCCCCUGGAUUAUCCAGAAGAUUACCCUGUAUUCCUAAGCAAAUUGAACACAGACUGCGGUACUGAGGAUGGAGAAUUUAGAGACAUGUGGAGCAAAGCGACGUCCCUGCUAAGUGCAUUCCUCCGCACCUCUCCUGUCUACUUGUCUCUUGAAGAGUGUGCAAAGGCAUGGGAUGAAUGUGCUCGCGCUGUGGUAUGUGAUUAUGCACAACGUGCUGGCGGAGGAUGCUUCAGCUCUCGAUAUGGGAGUUGGGAGGACUGCGCCGCUACCUGACCUCCCUUUACUUUGAACAGAAUUCAGCUGAACAUACUAUUUUGAACAUAAUAUACCACUAGAUUCUAAGAUUCGCAUAUC